GUAAUUUGUAAUUUUUUGAUUUCUGUUGUUCUUUUAGCCAAGGUGGGCUGAAUGGUAACAAAUAAGAUCCAUGAUGAAGGACAGAUGAGAAAAGCAGGGCAGUGGAGCACAUGGAACAGUGCUGGCCAGAAGCAGCUAGUAAAGAAGAUGAUUCAGAUUCAGUAUGCUCUUCAAAGGGUAUUACGCUAGACUGCGUAAAGGCAAGCGAGCAGUGUUUGAAAGAGUAUUCCUGCAGCACCAAGUACCGGACCAUGAGACAAUGUGUUGCGGGUAACCCGGGGAGGGAAAGUAACUUCAGCGCGGUCACAGGCAGUGAAGCGCAGGGCGAGUGCCGGAACGCAGUAGAAGCCAUGAAGCAAAGUCCACUGUACAACUGCAGGUGUAGAAGGGGAAUGAAAAAGGAGAAGAAUUGUCUGCGCAUCUUCUGGGGAAUAUUCCAGAGUUUACAGGGCAAUGAUUUACUGGAAGACUCCCCCUAUGAGCCAGUCAACAGCCAUCUAUCAGACAUAUUCCACUUGGCUCCUAUCAUAUCUGAUGAGCCUGCGUCAACAAAGGAGAACAACUGCCUGAAUGCGGCUAAAGCCUGCAACCUGAACGACACGUGUAAGAAAUACAGGUCGGCUUACAUCAGCCCUUGCACCAGCCGGGUGUCCACUUCAGAGGUGUGCAACAAACGGAAGUGCCACAAGGCCCUUCGACAGUUCUUUGACAAGGUACCGACGAAGCACAGCUAUGGCAUGCUGUUCUGUUCCUGUACAGCCGGCGACCAGUCGGCAUGCACAGAGCGCCGACGGCAAACCAUUGUGCCCGUAUGCUCAUAUGAGGACAGGGACAGGCCCAACUGUUUGUCUCUUCAAUCAACAUGCAAGACUAACUAUAUCUGCAGAUCGCGGCUUGCAGACUUCUUCACCAAUUGCCAACCAGAGACUCGUUCCAUCUCAGGCUGUCUGAGGGAAAACUAUGCUGACUGUCUGUUGGCCUAUUCCGGUCUCAUUGGUACUGUGAUGACCCCUAACUACCAAAGGUCCCCCAGUUUCAGUGUAUCCCCAUGGUGUGACUGUAGCAGCAGUGGUAAUGGCAAGCCGGAUUGUGACAAAUUUUCGGAGUUCUUCUCUGAAAACCGCUGCCUUAGAAAUGCCAUCCAUGCCUUUGGAAAUGGAACUGAUGUAGGCAUGUGGCAACCACAGGCUCCAAUCCGGCCAACAGUCCCCAACCCCAGCACUUCUCAGAGAGGCAGGGAUAAGACCAGCAACUCCUUGGACAGCUCCACACACUCCAAACACUUGGACACAGUGGCAGAUCCCCUCUACCACUUCUGUGGGAGCCUUCAGGCACAAAAACUGAAUUCGAACAUAACAGUGGACACAGCUCUUUGUGUGAACCCACAGCUGGAUGACCCUAGCAAAUCAAACUCCUUUGCAAGAAGUUGGACAGCAGAGCCUGCACUUCUGCACCCCAUGGCCCUACUACUCAUCUUGACCGUGGCACUGUCCCCGCUUUUAACCUCCCUGGAAACAGACUAGGCAUCAUAGGACCUGUAGCCACCAACCGUGAAUGGUUGCUGCUCUACUGCCCCCACUUAGCCCAAUUCACAAUGUUCUCGCUCAUCCUUUUUGUGUCUUCAACGCCAAUUGGUGAUUUAAAUGUGCCCGUAUUGUUCCAGUUCAUUUGUUUUUUCUUCUUCACUCCUGUAAAAGCAAAAGGAGCUUUGAGACUGACACGCUGGUCACUGUAAAGCAACAGAAACUGUAUUAAAGAAGAUAAGACCUAAACCGCGGAGAGUUGUUUGAUGGACAAUGGGUCUUACUGUAUAAAAUAAUUUAACUUACGUUGUUUCUGUUUAUUUGGGAAAAAAGCUUUUUAUACCAUGUUUUAGGUGCUCCUUUUACCUCCAUGAAUAGAAAUUGUCCUUUCUAUUUGUAUAUUUUUAAAUUCAUCAAGGCUUUAUCUGAACAUUUGUUGGAGCCAGGUCAUUGCUAGCCACAUGGAGGUCAGACAUUCUGUAUUAUUGAUAUUAUACUAUUGUUUCAGUUGUUUCAGUACAAAAGCACAACUGAAUCAAAAACAGUUUCUAGAGGAAAUAGCAGAAUGCUUUAAAUACAUCCCUCAAAGCUACCCACUACACCCAGAGUAGUUGCCAGCUUGCCAGUCUGCUAAAAAACAAACACACAAAACCAUCCUUUGCACAAGCGUUUCUACUGAAGGAUCUACUGUAGCUAGCUAUUGUAAUCAAAUCAGCAAUUAAUGCUAAGGAGUAAUUUUCACACAUCUCUGUGUGCUACAAGUAUACUCAUUAUUGUUUUGGUAUUUCUAUCACUUUACCUUGUGAAUGGUAUAAACAUCUUGUUUACACUGUAUAACAUAUUGCCUCCAUCUUAAAUAAUGUGUGUUGUGUUUUGUUAGUGUAAAUCAGUUAUAAAUAAAUUGGAUGUUCCUGGACAUCCUAUCCAAUGUAACCAUGAAAUCUAAAAUGUAAUGAGCAGUCAGUGAUUAGUGGCU